CAUCAUGUUUUGCAUAAUGUGCUGAUGUGUAUUCACUCCCAGGUAGAUACCGAGUAUGAAGUGGGCUUAUCUUAUCACAGCACACGCUCACCCACACUCCUUCCACAGCGCCCAACGCGUUCAUUGCAACUUCUCACCUUCAACAUCAGGGGCCGUGCACAGCACAGCACACAACAUCAACGUCAACAUCAACGUCAACAUCAACGUCAACAUCAACACCACCCGCGUCAACCAACCCCCAACCCCCAAACCCCAAGCGUUCUGA